UGAGGUUAUGUUUAUAGAAGACAACAACAUGGAAAAUAAACAAAAUUUUUCGGAUUUAAAUUUAAAAAACUGGAUUAUAAAACAAUGUCACUCUAUAGGGCUGAAAAAUCCAACGCCAAUACAAACGAAUUGUAUUCCCAAGAUUUUGGAAGGGCAAAACUGUAUAGGGGCUGCAAAAACAGGUAGUGGUAAAACUCUGGCCUUUGCUUUACCAAUAGUCCAAAAACUGUGCGAAGAACCCUACGGUAUUUACGCCCUUAUCCUAACUCCAACAAGAGAAUUAGCCUACCAAAUAGCAGACCAAUUUUCAAUAAUAGGAAAAGCAAUGAAUUUAAAAACCUGCGUAGUUGUAGGAGGCAUGGACAUGAUUGAGCAAGGCAAACAACUAUCUAAAAAUCCUCACAUAGUUGUUGCAACCCCAGGAAGAUUGGCAGACCACUUAGAAAGCUGCAAAACCUUUACUUUAUCAAAAAUCAAGUUUUUAGUCUUGGACGAAGCUGAUCGCUUAUUGGGAGGCCACUUUGAUGGACAAAUCAAAACAAUAUUUACUGCCCUUCCAAAAUCAAGACAAAACUUGUUUUUUUCAGCCACCAUAACUGAUACGUUGAACAUUUUAAAAGGCACAAUUGGGGGAAAAGUUUUCAUUUUUGAAGAUAAAAGUCAAGUGGCAACAGUUGCUGGACUACAACAGCAAUAUUUGCUUUGUCCCAAGGAUGUUAAAGAUGCUUAUUUGGUUGAAUUACUCAGGGUUUAUAGGGAUAACAAUGAAGAAGGGAAUGUUAUGAUAUUUACUGAUACUUGCAAGAACUGUCAAGUAUUGUCAAUAACCCUAAAUGAAGUAGGCAUUGAAAAUGUAGCCCUACAUGCAAUGAUACCUCAAGCUCAACGUCUAGCAGCUUUGAAUAAAUUCAAAAGCAACAGGGUGAAGAUUCUUAUAGCUACAGAUGUUGCUAGCAGAGGCCUUGAUAUACCAACAGUUCAACUGGUAAUCAAUCAUAACGUCCCCAAAGUGUCCAAAGAAUACAUUCAUAGGGUUGGCAGAACUGCUAGAGCAGGCAGAGGAGGCAAAGCAAUUACUUUGUGCACACCUUACGACAUUAAACUACUGCAAGCCAUAGAGGAACUUAUCAAAACCAAACUCACUGAGCAUAAACUUGAUGAUAAAGAAGUUGGUAAAAUUUUCACACAAGUAUCAGUCACAAGAAGUGAAGCUUAUAUUAAACUAGAAGAAGGCGACUUUUAUGAAAAGAAAUUGAUUAAUUUGAGGAAAAAAUGGAUUCUAGAAGGAUUGGAUCCUGAUGAAGAAGAACAAAAAUUGUUGAGAAAAAAAUCAUCAAAAAAGAAGAAAAAUAAAAUUGUAAAAAGGCUUCAAUAAAUCAUGUUACAGCUUUUUCAUUUACAACAUAUUGAGUUAAUGCUAAAAUCCCAUAAACCUCCCUAUUAUUAUGCACUUCCAAGCUUAAAGAAAAAGCAUUUUGCAAUUGCUCCAUGCUUUUUUCAUCUCUAAAAUUAAUAUUCUUCAAUUCACUAUUGAUAGUUUUAGAGGCCCUUGAAAAAUAGAGCCAAAACUCAUAAGCCAUUUGCAAAAUUUGCCUCAAAGGUGGCUGAAUUGGGGUGCCUUUUGUAAUAAAGGAAUCAUUGUCCCAAUCCAAAUCAAUGGUUGAUUUUUCCAAAAUUGCCAACUUAUUUUUCAAAUUGUGAUUGGAUUUAUCUAAAGUUUCCAUUAGGGUUUUUAUUGCUUGCAAUUCUUCUUCAAUGUUUUCCAAGAUUUUAGUCCCUAAUUGUCUCUGUAGCUCUUCAAAAUCAUCCAUAUAAGUAUUUGUAGCUUUUUCCACAAAUUGUAGCUGUUCUGCAAAAUUGCCAAGGGCCUUUACAGGACUCUGGAGGCUUUGCAGAAUUGUUUUCCAUAAGUCUACGUGUACUGGUAACAAAUUGCAAAGGCUCACGAGUUUUUUCUGGAUAUCUUCUUCCAUUAUUGAAUUAAAUCAUAACUUGAUAAAUACAAUUUUUUCUUUGUUGUUGUUU